GAACAUUUAGAGGAAAAGUGAAGCUGCGUUGAACGCACCGAAGGUUGAGGCCGCAACGAAACUGCUAGUUUGAUCUGAAAUCAUCACUAAAAAGUACGAUUAGCUGCCAAAAGUGCCGUUGGAGUAUUCAUGAAAACGAUUUGCAACAUUUUUAGAAAGUAUCAGUGCUUGGAAAAUGAAGACGAUGCGUCAGAAAACUCCGCUAAAAGUGGUACCGAAGUCGGGCAUCAAAAGCCGUGGAAAUUCUGGCAACAGCUUGGUAAAAGAUCCUGUUCAAGUCUACUGCCGCGUCCGGCCACCACCAUGCGAUUCCGAUCUUACCUGUUUGCGUGUUACGGAUCCCCAUACGGUCGUCUUGACACCGCCACAAAUCGCCGUCAACUUUAAGGUGGCCAAUUUAAAGGAAACUCAGUACAUUUUCAAGCGAGUUUUCGACGUAUCGGUUCGACAGCAUGAUGUGUACCUGAGCGUGGCUCAGCCAUUGGUUGAGGCGUUGGUGCGAGGGCGGAAUGGAUUGCUGUUUACUUACGGGGUCACCGGAAGCGGGAAAACAUACACCAUGACCGGUGAUCUGCAGCAUCGCGGCAUAAUGCCCCGAUGUUUGGAUGCUCUGUUUCGCACGAUAGCCGAUUAUCAGGCCAAGAAGUUUACGUUCAAAUCGGAUCGCUUGAACGGAUUCGAUGUUCUCUCGGAAGCGGAAAUUCUACUCGAGCGUCAGAUGGAACUGAACUCGAAACUGACGAAGUCAUCUCGUAAGAAAGACCUGGAUCAGGAGGUGGCUUCGCAGGCAUCAGUAGAUCCUUCCGAGAUAAGUGGCAUCGAUGAGGAUAACAUUUACGCGGUCUUUAUAAACUACGUUGAAGUGUACAACAACUCUGUGUAUGAUUUACUCGAGGAGUCGACCAUUCAAAAGACGCUUCAAAGUAAAAUGGUACGGGAAGACAGCAAUCACAACAUGUUCGUACACGGUGUUACAGAGGUGGAGGUCAAAUCGGUAGAGGAAGCAUUGGAACUAUUCCAGAUCGGCCAAAAACGAAAACGUAUGGGACAUACUAUACUGAAUGCGGAAUCGAGCCGUUCUCAUUCCGUUUUCACGAUACGGCUUGUGCAGGCUCCGGUGGACCUGCAAGGAGAGAACGUAGUGCAGGACCGCAAUGCAAUUACCGUUAGUCAGCUGUCGCUCGUAGAUCUAGCGGGAAGUGAGCGUACGAAUCGUACCGGAAACACCGGGCAAAGGCUGCGCGAAGCUGGGAAUAUCAACAAUAGUCUGAUGACGCUGAGGACAUGUUUGGAAAUUUUGCGCGAAAAUCAGCAGACGGGUGGUGCGAAGAAGGUUCCGUACCGUGAUUCGAAGAUAACGCAUCUUUUCAAGAAUUACUUCGAUGGUGAGGGUCAGGUGCGCAUGGUCGUGUGCGUGAAUCCCCGCGCAGAGGACUACGAUGAGACGGCGCAGGUGAUGAAGUUCGCUGAAAUGACCCAGGACGUGCAGAUAGCGCGUCCGACACCAGUAAAGAUAGAUGUAGGUUUGACUCCAGGGCGUCGCAAGGCAAACCAACUGUUCAAAUUAGCCAUGAAUGAUAUUACCGAAAAAUAUCAGCACUCGCCAUACACCACUGAAGCGAUCACGGACCCAACGGAGAUCGAUCUAGGACUAGUUUACAGUCUAGAACCGUUCCGCGUGGAUAUGAAACUGGGUUCGCCGGAGAGCGACGAGCUGAUCUGUAAGCUGUCCGAGAUACUAAAGUUGAGAAUCCAGAAGCGAAAGUUGCUAGGAGACGAUUUCAACGCGCGUCAAAACCGUUUCCGAAUGAAUCUGCACAAACUAGAGACAGAAAACUUGUCUUUGCAGACGAACAACACCGCGAUGAAGGGCGUAGUCGAGCAAAAGCAGCAAAGGAUCAAGGCGUUGGAGACUAAGGUCGAGCUUUACGAAAGCACGAUCGACGAGCUGAACCGCCGGAAUCGUCAGUUGGAAGAAAAGGUGGCCUCAUUGCAAACCCAGCUCAACCAGAAAUCGCAACUGCUGAACCAGAAAGAACAAGAAAAGGAGCGGCAGCGUAAAAAGUUCACUUCGAAAAUAGCUGUGGAGUCGGAGAAGAAAAACCGGGAGCUGGAACAGAAACUGCUCGAGCAGCGGAACAAGCACGAGGACGAAAUACGCGAGAAAGAAAGGCGGCUGCGAUUGGUGUCUGAAAUAGUUCAGGGAACUCCCAUACAACGUGGACGGUCCAGCAGUCUCGAAAGGGAUCCGCCCAGAGUGGAAACGACGCCGAAUGUGAAGUCUUUGGUUUCCGUAUACUCGACACCAAGAGUUUCUCGUCCUGGAACAGCUGUUGCGAAUGCUAGGCAUCGACGUUCACGCUCCACCGGUGAGCGCUGGUUGGAGCAUCGAGCAGUAAAUCCCGUACCGUUGGGAACAAUCCUACAACCGUACUACAACAACUCGAAGUCAGUUACCAAACUGAGUGACAAGGACGUGGUGAACCAUAAGGCAACAAAAUAUUGUCUCAUCUCGCAAGAUGCUGACACCGAGGGCGAGCUGGAAACGAAACUUUACAAGGGUGAUGUCAUUCCCACCAGCGGCGGUGGGGCGCAGAUUGUGUUCAACGAUGUGGAGUGUCUAAAACAGUAUUCACCGACAAAAACACCGCCCAGCCGUAAAAGGUCUAGCAACUUUAUCACACCUUCUGCUCCACCGCUAGCUGAAAUACAGAAUACUAACUCGAAGUGCAGCACUGCUAUCGAAGGUCAUGCCGCCGGAGCACAAAACAAACGAUCGAAACAUUAAGCUGUUCGAAAGGUGUUUUGUGGGUUGUAUAUUCCAUUUUUUUCUUCUUAUUUUAACAUACGUUGAAGUUUUUAUUAUAUCAUAUCUCCAAUUAAUAAAUUAACCUGCUAACGAAU